AUGAUUAAUUCAGAAUUUACCCAAAAAUUUGGCCAUAAUUAUAAAAUAAUUUAGUUACUUAUAAUUUGUGUUUAAAAACCCUUCUAACUCACAAUUAUAUAUCUAAUGAAAUUGUUGAUUAACUAUUAUUCAAGAUUUUUGAUAUGUUUAUAAAUAAAUAUAAUAAAUUUAGGAUUAAUGAAAUAUUUUUCUAAGCUUAUAUCCUUCUUUUUAACUAUUGGGUGUAAUACAGAAAGAAGAAAAGCAUAAAUUGAUUAUGGCAAUUUGAGUAUGAUUGUCUUUUAUUUUAUCUAAUUGCUUGGUUACCUAUAUAGUUAAUUUGAAAGCAAAUCCAUCGUAUUUUAUGAGAAUGAUUAUUUGGCUCAAAUAGGAUAAUAUUCCUCUAUCCCAUUUAUGAUGAUAGUAAUACAUUAUGACCCAUUUACAAAGGUUAUUUACUAUUGUAUUUUUGGAACAAUGUGUUCUAUUUAUGCAGGAAUAAUUUUUUAAAUUGCAUUCAAAGUAUUAUUGAUAAUUCUAUACUAGCCAUUUGCUACAAAUAAUUUUGUUAAUAGAUUUAUAAGAUUUUAUUUUAAGAACUUUUAAUGGUAUUUCUUAACACCUUUUCAUGAAUGUAUGAUUGGAGUAUUGACUUGUGGUCGUUUAGCAUAUUUGGCUUAACAUGGUAAUCUAGACCCAAAAGAAUGUUUUUCUUUAAUUUCAUCACACUUUUUAGUGAUUAGUAUUAUAGGGUAAGUACUCGUUAUCCUUUCAGGUUUUUUAUCUUUAUACUGUUUUAGAAAUUAUGAAUUUGUCUAAGGAGAUUUGAUGAGAAAAUUUAGUUACUUUAAUUUGUUAACAAUAUUAUUACAUAUGGCAUUAUAAAUGUCAUCUUUUUGGAAGGAAAUGUAUGAUAACUUUAAUUUAGUAAUUCAUUCAAUAUUCAAUCUAAUUAUUAUAGUUAUUGCAUUAGAUACAUAUUUUAAUAUACCUUUUGGAUUUUAAUAAGAAACUGUCUUUUUUAGUAAAUGUUUGUGGUGUGCAUGGUUUUUUGAAAUUUUAGUAGCUGUAUGGAUAUUUUCUGAUUUAAAUGAUGGUCAUAUAUUCUUAACAUUUUGCAUUUGUGUUCCUGUAAUUCUUAUAUCUAUUUUAGUUGAUAUUUGGAAUCAAUCAAGCACUCUAUGAUAAUUAUAUUGAUAAAGAAUGUUAAAUAUUUUUUAAAUCAAAAACUAUUAAAAAUAGUGAACAUCCAUUAGAAUUUAUUUGUUAAUUAUGUCAUUUAGAGAGUAUUCAUUAAAAAGAUUAUUAUUUAUUAUUAAAAUAUUUAGGGAUUCAUUGUUAAAAUUGUAAUGAUUUAUCUUGUCCUUGUAAAUAAAAAUUAAAUAAAUUUAUUUUUGGAUAAAACUAACUUAACACAUAAUAAAUUUAUAUUUGGGUAUAACAUUAAUUUUAAAAAAUAAUUAAAUCAAUUUUAUAAAAUCCUAAUUAAUUUUAAUACUUUGAAUAACUUACAAUUAAAUUUGUUACUUUCUUAUAAAGAUAUAGAGAAAAUUCAGUUUUAUCAUAUAAAAUUAUAUAAGAUGUUGUUUAUACAUUAAAAAAAAUGAAAUCAGGUAAUAUGCCUUAAUUCUUUUUAAAUUUAAUUAAUUAAAUCCAACAUUUAAAUAAAAUUGAAAUUGAAAAUCAUAAUAGAGCAGGUAUAUAAAUUGGAUCUUUAGAAUUUAGAACUUUAUAAGAUUUUAAUUUAUUUUAUAAUUUUGAAGAAGAAAUUGUUAAAAAAACUAUUGAAUUGUUACUUUGUUAAAAAUAAUUAUGGUUAUAAAAAAUGAAUCAUUUUAUUUCUUAUGAUAAAAUUAUUGAAUUUUCAUAAUAAAUAAGAAAUAAAACUGAAAUAUUGAAAAAAGAAUUUCUAAACUUUUAAAGUUAAAGAGAAAUUCCAGCAAUUGAUUCUAUUUUAAUAUUAAAAAUAAAAUUAGUAGUUACAUUAGUUUGUAUGGAAGAUAUUAAUAGUUGUUUAAAGAUAGCUUAAUAAAUUGAGUGUUAAAUAAAGGAACAAACAAAUUCUAAAAGUUCAUAAUUCAACAAUUUAUAAUUUUUAAAUGGGUAAGCUUUAUCAAUAAUAUCUAAUGUAUAAUCUUAAACUUUAGGAUAUAUUACUUAAAAUAUAAAUGAUUAAUUUUGUGAAUUUUUUGGAUAUUAAAAUCUAAAUAUUCCAUUAACUAAAAUAGAAUAAUUGUUACCAAUUAAACUUGGUAGAAUACAUAAUGGUUUGAUUGAAUCUUAUUUAUAAUUAGGAAAGACAAAUAGAUUAUAUGCAAAUUCUGAAUAAUUUAUUUUAAAUUCAGAUAAUUUGAUUGAAAAAGUUAAUAUAUGUCUUACUGCAUUAUUUCCAUAUUCAAAUGAUUAAUAUUAAUUUUGGAUUAUAGGACAUUUAUUAAAAAUGGUAAAGUAUGAAAGAAGAGAAAUUGAUUUAAAUAAAAGAGGAUAUAUUUUGGUUGAUUCUGAUUUUCUAAUUUUUGGAAUAACAAGAAACAUAUAUGAAAGAAUUAAUUAUAAAUAUUAUUACAAAAAUAAUACAAAUUUAGAUUUGAUUAUGCCUGAAGAACUAUAUGAAUAAGUUGCUAUAUAAGAAUUAAUUCCAUCUUUAUCUUAAAUAUUAGAAGAAUAUUAUAGAUUAUUAACUAUAAGAAAUAAAAAAAGAAUAUUUAAAUAGGAUAUAAUUUGUUAAAGAGAAAUAGGAGUACUUUCAAUAAUAUCUUAAAAAAGAAAUUAAUUUAAAACAUCUUAAUCAUUAACAACAAAAAAAUAUACAAAUAAAUAAAUGAUGAAUACUUUAAAAGAUAUUAAUACUAGUAUAUCUAAUAUUAAAUCUACAUUUUCCAAAUUAUAUCCUAUUGAAUAUAGUGUUGUUUAAAGAGUAUUAUCUUAUUUAGAGAAAGAUUAAACUUGUGAAUUUCUAUAUUUUGUAAUAGAAAUUGAUUUUUUAGAAGAUCCAAAAGUAAAUGCAUCUCCAUCAUAAUAAUUGGCUAAAACACCAGGACUUUCUGAUAUUUUAAGAAUAUAAUAAGCAACUUUAGAAUAGAUUAGACCUAAUUAAAGUAAUAUUAUACUCUCGAAUGAUGGUGAAGAUUAAAAUGAAUAGAUAGAAUUAGUAGCUGAAAUGACUAAUACUGCUACAAAACAUAGUUCAAAUGAAAUUAAUGAGUAAUUAGAGAAAAUAAUUGUUUAUAUUAAUGAUACAAUAAUACCAUAAACAAUAAAAAAUUUAAUAGCUAAUUUUCUAAUUUAAAUAGUUGUAUUAAUAAUAAUAAUAAUUUUAAUAUCUAAUUUAUUUUCAAAUAAAAAGAAUCUUUAAUCAGAUUGCAUAGAAUAAAUAACAGCUGAUUUAAAUUUUUUGGAUGCAUAUAGUUAAACUAUGUCAGGUUCUCGACAUGUAAUAUAUUAUAGAGAUUUUUAUCCAAUAUAAAAUGAUACAAUAAUUCCAUUUAAUAAUAAUGAUGAAAUAAAUAUUAGUAGAUAUGAUAAGAUAUAUAUGGCUUGGUAACAUAUAGCAAAAGGAAGUGUUAGACUUAACAAUAUGUAUUCAAAUUAUAAAAAAAUUGCUAUGAAAAGUGAUAUAAAAAGUAUUACUAUAUAUUUUAUAAAUUUUGAUUUGGAGAGCAAAAUAUCUUAAACAGUAUAAGAUUAUUCUACUUAUUAUUAAAUUAUGCAUUAAACUUUUUUUAUGUCUUAUUAAUCAUUUGCAUCAUCGCCAUAAACAUAUUUAUCAGGGAGAAAUGAUACAUAUAUGACUUAAAUUGCAAGAUCAUAAGUUUAUUAUAAUUUUUUUGAUGUAAGUGAAAGUGCUAAUAUAACUCUAGAAGAUUGUCAUAUUUAUAAUUAUGAAAUGAAUGAUCAUUUUGAUAAAAUAGUUAAUUAUUAUUUUGUUGGAUUAUAUUUAAUUAUUAGUUUGUAAUUAACAGCUUUGAUUAUUAAUUAUUAUAAAGUAGUUCAUACUAUUAAACUCUAUCUUAAAUUAUUUAAAAUGUGUGAUAAGGAUGAUUGUAUUUAAAUAAUACAUUAAUGUGAUUAAUUAAUAAGUAUGAUAUCAUAUAAUAGAAUCUUUUUAAGAUAAAAAGAUUAUAAAAUAAUAUUGAAUAUGCCUAAAUUCAUAUUAGAUGAUGUUAAAAAAAGUUCAAAUAAAGCUACAGUUGUAUUUGUUAAAAAAAAAAGAAUAAAUUAAAGAGAAAUCUAAGAAAAUUCUAAAUAUUCAAACUAUUGUUCUAUUUUUGUUAUUGUUUUAGUCUCAUUAUUUAUAAUCUCUUAUAUUUUAGCGUUUCAUCUAUAUUAUCUUUAAAUAACAAAAUCAAUUGGACCUAUUAGUAAUAGGGCAAUUUUAGCUUAAGAAAACAGAUUAAAUUUUAUUGUAGCUUCCAAUAGAUUUGAUUUAUUCUUGAUUAAAUAAUAUUUUGAAACUUAUGCAUUAAUUAAUAAAACUGAUCCUGGUCAUUAACUCAUGACCAGAAAUAUUUAAACUGAUACUUAAAUAUUAAAUUUAUUAUCUAUUGAUGAAGAAUUAAUUUUAAAAGAUAUCUCAAGAUUAAAGAUGAUAGAUUUUACAAGUUUAAUUCUUAAUGGAGAUCAAUAAAAUUCUGAACUCACUGAUGAAUAAUAAGAUUCACUUUUAGGUUAAGAUGUAUGCCUUUUAACUGGUUGUGAUAUGCAAAGUGAAUUGUUAUAUGAUAGACUAUAUUAAAAGUAAUUAGUUCCACUUUUUUAAACUGGAGUGAUCAAUCUAUAAUCUAAAGUAUUAUCUUUUGUUGAAGGAGCUUCUUAAUUAAUUUUUAAAAAUUAAUCUUACUUAGAAAGAGCUCUUGCAUUAGAAAGUAUAUUUGAUGAUAGUGAAUAUCUUAUUUAUAUGUUAUGGGGAAUUGAUAUUAUUUAAUUUCAAAUAAGCCAAUUUAGUAAAUACUUUUUAGAUAUAUCAUCAUAAACAAUAGAUACAUUAACAAAAGAUAAUUAAACAUUAAUUAUUUCUAUAGGAAUCUUAAUGUUUAUUUUUGUUUUAGUAUUUUAAAUACUAUUUGGAUAUUAUUAAUUCAAACGAUAUGUACUUUCCAAAGCAAUUAUCAAAUCUAUACCAUUACCCAUCUUAUUUUAAAGAAAUAUUCCAAAACAUUUAGAAAGCUUUCGAAGAAAAUACGAAAAAUGA